UGUGUUCUUGGCGACGUAUGGGGCGCUAUACUGCAAAUUUUGAUAUCCCACGAUUGCCAUUUCGGUAUACUGUGAUAUCCUGGGUGUACUUAUAUCUGCAUCAGUUGUGCUGAAGAUUGCUCCCAGAACAUGCGUUUGCGAUGUCAAUAUGCGCAGGCAUCAGUACGUCUGACGGAAUACAGAGCGCAAAUCGUGCGGCUGGUGACGCUACGAAGCUUUACACGCCCUGGAAUACAUUGGAAGCAAGUGGUGGUCGGUAACGUACAUGCUGCAUGCACUGAGACUGUAGUAGCACCAAAGGGUUGCAGGUCAGGAGCUGGCGCGACACGUCCUGACGCGUCUGGUCUCGUCAUACAUGGCACGUGCCGACGACCCACCCGACAGCCUCCUUCCAACGCCCUCGCUAGUCUUCGCCUCUGUCAGUUCUCUGCUCAGACUGUGCGACCAUUAUGCGGUCUAUGCGGCUCUACGAGGACAGUCUUGUGCUUUGGUGGAAUGCUCAACCAGGAUAUGUUGUACUUUGGCGGAAUGCUCAAUCUGUUCCAGUUCUGAGUACCGAACAUCUUCAGUCUUUGAAUUGCUGGCUCAAGAUACUGCUCAGCGGUAAGCGAUGUUGCUUCAUGUACACUAUCG